AUCUGUAAAUUUUGCAGGAUGAUUCCCUUAUUUGGUCGUCCCUUCACGAGUCACUCGGGAUCCGACUCAGAACUCAAUGGCGAGUGACUCGCCACCCGACUCGCCAUCCCCUUCGAUGGACAAACGUCUGAAAACCCUAGCCAUGGGAUCGGAAUCCAUCAUCCAAGUCCAACCAGAUCUCCGGCGUCAAGAAUCGAAAGAGGAGCAACCAUCCAUGGAAGAGUCAGAUUCUGAUAGCUGCGGAAUUUGCUUAUCGGAAGGCGCAAGAUUGAUCAGAGGCAUAAUUGAUAGCUGCGAUCACUUCUUCUGCUUCGUUUGCAUCAUGGAGUGGUCCAAGGUGGAGUCCCGGUGCCCUAUGUGCAAGCGCCGGUUCUCCACCAUCCUCCGCCCUCCAAAGGUCGGUGUCUUUACUUCUGAACGCGUCGUCAACGUCCCUCACCGUGACCAGGCUCACCAUCCCUAUGGAAAUGUGACAGGUGGAACUUUUGAUCCUUAUGCACGAGUUCAAUGUAGUGUGUGUCAAAAUGCAGCCAAUGAACAUCUUCUACUACUUUGUGAUCUCUGUGAUACAGCUUCUCAUACUUACUGUAUUGGCUUGGGUGCAACUGUACCUGAAGGUGAUUGGUUUUGUCAUGAUUGUGCUAUUUCUAGGGCUGAGCAUGAUAAAAAUGAACUAGAUACUGGUAUUGACAAUCAUAAUAUCACUGGAAACUCUUAUGUGAAAUUAUAUCCGGAGAAAGAUGUUUCUAUUUUCGAUGUUGUUCGAGAAUCAAAUAUUCGAGCAAUUGAAAGUAAUAACUCAAGUUUCUCUCCACCUUCUAACUGUUGUUCAUGUACUGUUGAUUCUGGAAGGGAAAUCAAUGUUUCAGUUGAAGUUACUUGCCCAAGUGAAAGAUCCACUCAAAGUAUCGUAGGUAAAGUAACUGAAUCAGGUGCAAGAACAUUGCGCAUUUGCCGCAAUGUGCAUGGUCGUAUACAAUCUUUACGUGAAAAUUGGCAUGCAUUGCAAAGUGGAUCUGCAAGCUUCUCUUCUAGUUUGGCUGAAUCUAGUAGCAGGAGAAGUCAAAAAGGUAAAGUCAGUCCCAUGUUUCACGUUAAAUCACGUGAAUCGGAAUCCUCAUCUUCAACAAGUUUGCAAUCAACUGCUCAAGAUAGUUUCCCUAGCAAUACUAUGCCCCAGAGAGACUUGUAUGAUGUUAACAGGGCUUGGGAAAUGUUGGAUAUUGCACAGUCCAUGCAGAAAAAUAGUGAGAAAGCCAGAAGCUCUAAUGGGGUCCCAAAAGUUCCCCUUAGCAUGGGAAAAUCUUCAAAAGAAGUAAUUGGCACAAGUUCGGGAGUUAACUUGUUGAAAGGUAAGCAAUUUGAAACUAAGAAUCUGGUAAGCAGACAAGAAGUAAAGCAUCAUGAGCACAAUUUAUUUGAGAGGCAGGUACAAAAGCAGAAGUCUCCAAAGUUGGAACUGCAACAGCAGAGUAUCGACAUGGAUAAAGGACCUAAUAAGAGACUUCCUACUAAUUCAUUAGGAUUGUGUGAAUCUGCAUUGCCUAAGAGGGUGCGGUGUCAAGGUGAUAUCUCUAAUGCAAGUGCUAGACCGUUUGUGAAAAAUGCACAUGAGACAUCAUCAAGUAUCACUAAAGAGCAAGUUGUGCCUUCCUGUUCAACAAGUGUGGUAGGCUCAGUUCCAGUCAGAUCUACUGAUUUAUUGGAUGCCAAAGUGGACUUCACAUCAUCUGCCUCUUCUAAGUUGGGUAUACCUGAAAGGAAAGUCAGGGUGAGUAAUACCUACGCCAAAAACCAGGAUGGAAGAGCUGACAAUGCCAAAAGUGAGAUCCAAUCUCUUGUCAAACUGAACUUAAAGCUCAUGAGCCAAGACAAAAAAUUAGGAGUCGAUACAUUCAAGGAAGUUGCUAGGCUUGCUACACAUUCCAUCUUGGCAGCCUGUGGUUUGGAGCAUUCAAAGUCCCGUGCCCGCACCUUUCCCAGUUGUGAAUGUAAUCAUACCGAGGAAAUUAAGAGGAUAAAUCAAUCCACUCUUAUGCCAAACUCAUGUCAAGACUGCUUUAAUGUAUUUGUGAGGAAUGUUGUCCGUACAAUUAUGUUUGAGAAAGUAGGUCCCAAACGUUCAAUAGAUCAUGUUAAUGUGUCAUAAUACAGGACGGCAGUGCCGAAAGUCGAUCAUUCUUAAGUGGAUCUUUUAUGUAUCUAAUAAUCUGCCCUAGUUCCAAAAGCCAUUCUGUCUACCUCUUGAAUUUAUUAUUAUUAUUAUUUUGUUGUAUUUCUGGCAGAAAGAUUAAGUUGAAGUGACAUCCAAGGCAUGUAACGUAACAUUUGUAGCAUAUUGCGUGUAUCUGUGGCAUCA